AUGACAGAUAAUUGGAACGCUGAGUUCGCUGGCUGCUGCAAUGUUUGCCCUGCAUUUUGCUUAGUUUGCUCGAACUGUACAGCAGGGGCUGCACUAAUGCAAGGAGUUACUAUUUGGGAAAUGAAUGGAGGUCAAGGAGGAUGUGGAGAGUGUUGUAUAGCCUGCUGGCUUUGCUGCAUUGGUCUUGCAAUCAACCGUGGUAAGAUAAGGGAAAAAUAUAUAUUAGACAAGAUACGAUUGUCGAUUUUUAAGCAAAAAAAUUCCAUUUUUUUUAAAAGGGAGAUAGUUUAGAAUUGAUAAAAAUAUAGAAAACCUAAACGGGUUAGUAUAACAUUCACGGAAGUUUUAUGGUGGAUUGCCUACUUUAUUGGAUUGGAUGCGCUUGCUGUAUGGUUACUCAAGAAUAUAGAGAAGUCCGUCUACGCACUAAUAAACCCGCUCAAUAG